AGCGUAUUCAGAUACUUCGACGCAUAGAAGACGUACAAACACAACAUGCACUGUCUGUGAAGAAUUGGGAAAGGAUUGAAAAUAGUCUUUCUAAGCAACUUACUGAAAUGGAAACGGAGCGAGAUCGGUUUGCUGGAAAAUAUGAAACUUUAAAUAAUCAGCUUAUAGAAAUGUCAUCAACUAUGGAACAACAAGAACUUCAGUUGAUAAUUGAACGCAAUCAAAACAAACAAUUAAACGAGGAAAUCACUUCAUUGCGUGCACGAAUUCCAAAUUUAGAAGCCAAAAUUGAGAAUUUGGUUUUAGAACUUGAAUCCUACAAAACAACUCACAAAAUAGCAUUGCAAGAAGCAGAAGAACAGUAUCGUCGUAUGUUACGACAAACAUUGGAAGAAAAACAGGAGGAAUGGGAACAGAAAGUGCGUUCUGAGCAAGAGAACAAACUUAUUAAAGAACACGAAAAAGAAAAGCGUAGAGCUAAAUUAGAUUCAUCGAGAUCAUCCGAGGAAACAAAUUUGGGAUCAUUGAGAUCAAGAAGUGAGACAAAUUUAGGGAGAAAUUAUGAUGGAGGAAUAUUAUCACCUGUAAUGUAUAGUCCAACAUCAAGUACAAGAUUAAGCAUUGAUGGCGGAAGUAAUAUUAUAAGCAGUGUUAUGAUGAUUGAAAAAUUAAAUUCUUCCGUAAGACAUUUGGAAGGACAAGUUAGUACUCUUCAAGGUCAAUUACACAUGACUACAAAAAAUAGAGAUGAAUUAGCAGAUGAAUUAGUUAAAUUAACCGUUCAAAUGGAAGAUAUUUCUAUAAAGACAAGAAGGCUUCCAGAGCUGGAGCUACAAUUCCAUGAAUUGAACGAAAGAUAUCUAAUUACAUUAGAAUUACUUGGAGAAAAGACAGAGCAAGUGGAAGAAUUACAAGCAGAUAUUGAGGAUAUGAAAGUUGCAUAUCGUAAUCAAAUAACAGAUCUGGCUGCAGAGCUUGAAAAAUAUAAAAUUUCUCGUUAA